CCAGGUCAAGGGAGUGAAGUCAAUCUAAAAUGGGUAGUGCUGGAAGGGGCCACUAAGUGGCGCUGUGGGUUUUUGUUUAUACUAAAGGCUGGCAGGCCAGGAUGUUGUCACGAGCGGCAGGAGAUAACGAUACGGCAGACUGGCGUUCCUGGUUCGUCACAUGUGCGUCGGCAAAGAGGGGUUUGACAGAGUUUGGUGCAGUACCGGCAAAGUCUGCACGGUUGGAGUGAAGGAGCUUUAAUUAGCUGGCGAACGAACGAGACGCAGAGCUGCGCGACGGCGUGUCGGGGAAGACUGAAGUAAGUUGCGCUGUGGAGGAGCUCUAGUUAGCAAGGCUAGCUAGCGGGGCAUUCGGCAAGGCCACGGAGCUGCGGGACGGCAGGGGAGAAAACGUUGUUCAGCUUGCUUGUGGGUGAGGCUGGGAGGAGCCGGUCCUUUUUGCCCCCAUUUUUCUGUGAGUUUGAGUAUUUUUUGUAUUUGUUAUGAACAUUGUGUUUUUGCAUAUUACUGUGAACCUGUAAAUGAUUGGUGGCCUCUAUUGUGUUUUAUUUUAGAAUAAGGCCGCUGCUGUUGUCUUGUUGGGGAUUUUUUCCUUAUAUUCAUUCCAUCUUACAUUUUUUCUCUUUUAUUUCUUCACAACCAAAUUAAGCCAAAAUUAAUGCUGUUCCUUUUCUCUGGAAUAGUCGGGAAAUAAAAUACCCACAUUAUUUUGGAGCUGUGUGUGUCUAGCCUAUUAUUUUAUACUCGGCCACACACUAGCCUCUUUUGGUGUCAGAAGUGGGAUUUCCAGGUCUAUUUGGUCUGUUUAGCAUUUUAUUUUGUUUGGGGGAGGGACUAUUCUUCUUAUGUACCAAUAGAUUGACAUAAACUUUUAAUAACAAGACAACAGCAGUGGUGAAGAGGAGUAUAUUCCAGCAAGUGGGAGAUCGCUGCCAUAGCACCAGGAGCUGCACAUCGAUCCCAAAGAACUCUUGAGGUCCAAAGCGUCAUUUAAGAUGUCAGACGGGGAAGGGGGCAUGGACAGGGAGUUGCCUGGCCCCAGCCAUGCAGGAAGUAAUGUGGCUGCACCUCUGUUGGAGAGUGGUAACCAAAUACUAGAGAUACAGAGAGAACUCUGUGAACUGAGUAGAAAACAUGAUGCUGUGAUGUCCAGCCUUGCUUCCUUGAGUGAUGUACAACCAAGGUCUGUUGUGUAUAUACCUAGAGAAAAGCAAAUUGUACCUUUUCAUGGUGACCCGGGUAAAGAUGUACACUCUGUUGAUGAGUUCAUUGAGGAAGUGGAGCGAACUAUGAGUCUGAGGGGUUUGAAGGAAGUGGACCAGGUUGAUUUUAUUCUGUCACACAUUAAGGGGCCUGCGCUAGAGGAAGUUAAGCUACGUACUCGGGGACAGACGGUGAGACCAAGUCGUCUGUUUUUGUACUUGCGGGAGGCAUUCAGAGAGAAGCGCACUACACCUCAGUUGCUACACACUUUUUAUGCACGCAGGCAGUUAGAGGGGGAAAACUUGAGAGACUACUCACACGCUCUUUCUCAACUUCUGAACUCCGCUCUGUUAAAUUCUCCUGACGUUGUUACUGAUCCACAGCUCGCAAUACGCGACCAGUUUAUUGAAGGGGUGCGUGACUCCACCCUCCGCCGUGAGCUCCGAAGGCUCAUCAGAGAGAAACCUCUGUCCAGCCUGUUUGAUGUUCGAGAGGAGGCGAUCAUGUGGACACUUGAAGAUCAACCCAAGAGUUCAACCGUAGCAAGGAGCAGGAACCUAAUUGGAGACACCCUUGAUGGACAAGGAGUAAGUGCUAAACCCCAGACUAACACUGAAACUGAUUUAGCUGUGACGCUUCAGGAGGUUGUGAAAAUAAUAGCUCAGCAGGGGAAGGCCAUAGGGGAAUUGACUAACGCUGUACAUGAGCUCACUACCCAUAAAGCUCAGUUUAGUGGAGCUCACUUUACCAGCAAAUCCAAAGUGAUCCCCAGAUACACUGAGGAUGGUCAGCCUAUCUGCCUUAAGUGUGAAGGAGUAGGACAUAUGGCUAGACAGUGCACUGCAUGGAGGAACCAAACCCGGACUAGUGCUUCACCCACCGCGGCGGCACAGGGAAACGAGAACCCUCGGUUGCUAGGAGUCGGGCAAUGCGAGGCAAACCUGAAGGCUCACCAAAAAUCUUAACCAAAGAACGCUUCUUAAAAAAUGCAGUUGGAAAGUGCCCUGUGGUAGACAUCCAAAUAGGUGGCAUUCCCCUGAACUGUCUUGUGGACUCUGGGAGCAAUGUGAGCACUCUAACUGAAAGCUUUUUCAGAGACCACCUUCAUGGGGGGGAUGAUGACAUGCACUAUACAUCAAAGUGGCUCAGAAUCACUGCUGCAAACAAAUUGCCUUUACCUUAUCUGGGUUAUGUUGAGCUGGAUAUUCAAGUCAUGGGUAUCACCAUUCCAGAAUGUGGGUUUUUGAUAAUCAGCGAUGACAGCCAGCCAGAUAAAAAUGAGCUUGAUUCAUCCCCAUCAGGGAUCAUCGGAAUGAACAUUGCCAAAAGAUGUAAGGAGUUGAUCCUCACUGAGUUUGAUGCAGCUCUUGGAGGGGAACUGGAUUCAGACUGGAGGGAAACCUUUCAAUGUAUGAACGAGGCAAAAGUUGUAAAGGAAUCUUGCAUUGCACGAAUAGCACGGAAAGACAAAUACCACCUACCUGCUCAAUCAGUCUCUACGGUGUAUCUGAGGGGCCCUAAGAGAGAUUUCAAUGACACUUCUAGUCUGAUGUUAGAACCAGGCAACACUUCACUACCUGGUGGAGUUAUUGUUUUGCCCACAGUGAUAGUAGCCAAUAGGUCAAUCUUCCCUGUCCAGGUAGUCAACUUUUCAAAAGAUGAUGUGUGGCUCCCCGCUAAAGCCAGGCUAGGCUUUCUGGCUCAGUGUCAGUGUGUUGAAGAUGAGCCCUAUGAAGUUACAUUCCAACGCAUAUCUGCGUCACAUGAGGAAGUCACAGUCAGAGGGCUA